AUGACAGUCCUCUCGCAAUUCGUCGCAGUCUUCAAUUAUACCCUUCAGCCCAUAGCGCCGUUCUCGUGGUUCGGUCUCGGGAUCAGCACGCUCGACGUGGUCGCUGCGUUCCGUUUGUGUCUUGUGCUCCGCCAGAUCAGAGACCUGUACAAGCGGCAACACGUGGCGGUGAAAGGGCACAACGAGGUUGAGGACGACUCGUUCGUGAAGAAGCUCGCGACCACCCUCACUGUAGUGUACGGCGGGGAGGCCAUAGCCGGACCAUUCCUUGGGUUGCCGCCAUCGUUCAUGGUAUCUGGCACCGUGCCUGCGUUGUACGCAGCCAUCCAGGCGCUCAUAGAAUACCUCCCGGAGAGCUUUGUCCCCAUCUCCAGCUUUGAAAACGAAAUCCCCCUCGCAAUCGUAGACGGAUUCACUCGCGCGAUGCUCCUCUGCACGCUUAUCCCCCCAGCCGUAACGGCCAACCCGUCGCCCGUGAUCGCGUCGUCCCCCUGGGCACUUCUCCUGACUUCCUUGAUCACCGCGAACACCGGCUUCUUCGUCGUUAACUCGGUCUCGUUCCUGCACCCGACAUCGCUGUCGCUCCGCACGCCCCCCGAGCUGCAAGCGUACGGAUGGACGACGAUGGAUCUGUGGUGCGCGCCGACGAUCACAGGGUUGUACGCGCUCCUCACGCAUGCACAGCCGUUCUGGGCAGAGGUGCAUACAGUGUUGAUGCAGCUGCUUGGCGGGUCCGUAGACAGCAAACAGGCUGAGCCCCUCGACCCGGAGACGGCGCGCGCUUUGUGCGCCAUGGUGCUCUCGGUGAUGUUCACCUCACGCACGGUCAACAAUUCCUUCGGUUCGUAUUUCAAGACUCUGGGGCAGAAGAAACAAGAGGCGAAGGCGAAGGCGAAGACUCAAGCCGAGCUCUUCAUCCUAACUUCUCCUCUUCGACUUUCUACGAUUACGAUGCAAUUCACGGUCAAGUUCGCUGCCCUCGCCUUUUUGGCCCAGGUCGCCGUCAUUGCGGCGUUCCCCUUAGAUGCAAUGGUCACCGACGAAUACGUUUACAGAGAGCAAGGAUACGACAACGAUCUUGAAGCCCGAGGCCCUACCAAGCGCCCCACUCAACAAGAAUGCGAGGUUGCUUGUACUCUCGCGGGACUCCAGGGUCAAGCGUGGAAUCAAUGCGUGUCGCAGUGUGUCGCAGGCAACUACCCUACGCCGCCACCUAGCCCGCAGAAUAGGCCAGUGCAACAAGCGAAGCCAGCAGUGCGACCAGCUCCAAGAAUCAAAGUCGGAAAACGGGGACCCACGAAGCGCCCUACGCAACAAGAAUGCGAGGUCGCUUGCACCCUAGCUGGAUUGCAGGGCCAGGCUUGGAGUCAAUGUGUCUCGCAAUGUGUGGCUGGAAACUACCCUACUCCACCACCGAGCCCUCAGAAUAGACCGGUGCAGCAGGCAAGGCCAGCAGUUCGACCAGCCCCACGCAUCAAAGCCGGGAAGCGGGAGUCGGAGGACCUUGAAGCUCGUGGUCCCACCAAGCGCCCUACACAACAAGAAUGCGAGGUUGCUUGCACUCUCGCCGGCUUCCAAGGACAAGCCUGGAGCCAAUGCGUGUCACAAUGUGUUGCUGGUAACUACCCCACGCCACCACCCAGCCCUCAGAACAGGCCCUUGCAACAGGCAAGGCCAGCAGUGCGACCCGCUCCGAGAAUUAAAGCUGGAAAGCGGGACUUGGAGGACCUUGAAGCCCGUGGCCCUACGAAGCGUCCUACGCAACAAGAAUGCGAGGUGGCUUGCACACUAGCUGGAUUCCAAGGACAGGCAUGGAACCAAUGCGUCUCACAGUGCGUCGCCGGGAACUACCCCACACCACCACCGAGCCCACAGAAUAGGCCCGCGCAACAGGCAAGGCCAGCAGUGCGCCCAGCCCCAAGAGUCAAAGUCGGAAAGCGCGAAGCUGAGGAUGGUGAUGAAGACUUAUGGACGGACCUCGCCGAUGCCCCCCAUUGGGCGUUGGAGGUCGUAGCGAGGUCCAAAGACCUACCGUUGCGAGUGCGCUUAGGCAGCCCGAACUACCAUCUUCAUCUCGCUGAGAUCCUUGACGCCGUGGUCGCCUCGACCCCCGAGGGGAUCAAAUACCGGAUAUCUGGCACGUCGGAGCUGUCAUCAAUCGAUUGA